UACAACAUAUGCCCCAUCUUCUUGCAUCCAUCUUUGAUAUGAUUCUUGUCUCAUCUGCUUCCUGACCACGUUUCAACUCCAUUCCACUCUCUUGCUUUCAAUAUAUAAUCUUUUAUCCUUCUCGAGCUGCCCUCCUUCUGUCACAACAAACAAUCCUUUUGGGAGCCUGUUCGCAACCAACACAGUGUCACUCUGUCUAGGUCAACAUUUGACCUUCCUAUUGUCAAGCUCCAAAAUCCCCCCAAAAUGGAUUCCCAUUCUCACACCCGAUCUCGCUCUCGGUCACCCUCCCCUACUCAUGCCAGAUACUCCCAUCUUCUGUACUUGUCCGAGGCCGAGAGAUCCAACUAUCAGACCAAUGUUCAACGAUCCGCUUCAUCCUCAUCCCGAUCCAUCAGAUCCACCCAUUCUGCAAACUCUUCAGUCAAAUCCCAUUCAUCAAACUCAACUCAUCAGACUUCGGUCAAGAGCAUCCUUUCUCCUCGUUUCGCCGAUGACCACUACCCACUCAUCACCACUAUCCACCCUGAGAACAUCCCGGCCUCGGUCCCCAAAUCCCAUGCGGCCCUAUGGUGUGCUCGUCGAAUGGCUGAUAUCCACAACACCAUCAUUCGAGCUCUGAACUCAUCCUGGAAUCAUGCCGCCUCCGUGGAACCCGCUCAAGUCGAGGCAUUUUUGCACUUCAAUCGCAUCAUCUUCACCACCCUCGACCAUCACCACAAGGUUGAGGAUGAUUACAUGUUUCCUGCUUACGAAAAGCUUCUCAACCGUCCAGGAGCCAUGGAAUCCAACGUCAAGGGCCACGAGUCGUUUGCCGAAGGCCUUUCCAUCUUUCAUAGGUACAUCACCAUGACCAAGCCGGACGAGUUUAACGGCACCACUUUCAGACACAUCAUCGAAUCGUUCGCCCCAGAAUUGAUCCAACAUUUGCACGAUGAGAUCCCCACUCUAGCCAGUCUGCAUGUCCUCAAGUCUGAAGAUCUUAUGAAGAUCUGGAAAGAGGCCGAGCACAUUGCCACCAAAGACGGAAGUUUGUACACCGACCUACCCUGGACUCUGACUUGUCAGGAUAAGUCAUUCGUCAUUGACGGCGAGACCUCCUCUUUUCCUGAUGUCCCGUGGCUUAUCGAGGCAGUCGUCCGGAACUGGCACGCGAAGAGGUAUGCCGACGUUUGGAAAUUCAGUCCCAGCGACCUCCACGGCCAGAGACGGCUGAUGGUGGGCUCGUAAAACUUUAUAUGGCCCACACCCGGAAAUUUUUACGACUUUAUGAUCUGGAUGGGAUAGGGGUGGUUUUCUAUUGCUCCGCGCAGCGUUUGAGCCCUUUUGUUCUCUUGUUCAAUUUAGCCCGUUGUAUCACCGUUGUAUGCCGACUGCAUAUGGUCUAGGUUUUCAAAAGCGAAUGGAAUGCUGGUUCCUGUAUUAUAACUUAACCUCUUCAUCUCACUUUUUCCAAUC